ACACUCCCCCUUAUCAUCAGUCUCCAGUCUCCACCCAUCUCAGCCAAAAAAAAGCUAGCACAGAUCCACACACCAUGGCAGCCAUGGCCACCACCGCUUCCAGCCUCCUCAAGACCUCCUUCUCCGGCGUCCGCCUCCCGGCGGCGGCCCGCACCCCGUCCUGCGUCGCCACCCCGCGCGCCGGCGCCAUCUGCAACUCCAUCUCCUCCUCCACCCCUCCCUACGACCUCAACGCCUUCAAGUUCAGCCCCAUCAAGGAGUCCAUCGUGUCCCGCGAGAUGACCCGCCGCUACAUGACCGACAUGAUCACCUACGCCGACACCGACGUUGUCAUCGUCGGCGCCGGCUCCGCGGGGCUGUCCUGCGCGUACGAGCUCUCCAAGGACCCCUCCAUCAGCAUCGCCAUCAUCGAGCAGUCCGUGUCCCCCGGCGGCGGCGCCUGGCUCGGCGGCCAGCUCUUCUCCGCCAUGGUCGUGCGCAAGCCGGCGCACCUCUUCCUCGACGAGCUCAACAUCGAGUACGACGAGCAGGAGGACUACGUCGUCAUCAAGCACGCCGCGCUCUUCACCUCCACGGUCAUGAGCCGCCUCCUCGCGCGCCCCAACGUGAAGCUCUUCAACGCCGUCGCCGUGGAGGACCUCAUCGUCAAGGAGAACCGCGUUGCCGGCGUCGUCACCAACUGGGCGCUCGUCUCCAUGAACCACGACACACAGUCCUGCAUGGACCCCAACGUCAUGGAGGCCAAGGUCGUGGUGAGCUCCUGCGGCCACGACGGGCCCUUCGGCGCCACCGGGGUCAAGCGGCUCCAAGACAUCGGCAUGAUCCAGGCGGUGCCCGGGAUGAAGGCGCUCGACAUGAACACCGCCGAGGAUGCCAUCGUGCGCCUCACCCGCGAGGUGGUCCCCGGCAUGAUUGUCACCGGCAUGGAGGUCGCCGAGAUCGACGGCGCCCCGAGAAUGGGCCCGACCUUCGGCGCCAUGAUGAUCUCCGGCCAGAAGGCGGCGCACCUGGCGCUCAAGGCCCUCGGCCGGCCGAACGGCAUCGACGGGACGCUCAAGAACGUGACCCCGGCGCUGCACCCGGAGAUGAUCCUGGCGGCGACCAACAACGGCGACAUCGUGGACGCCUAAAGCAAAGCAAUGAACCACGGACACCAAGAGGCGUACGUACGCUGGUGUUUGGGGGCGCAAAAUCAAUAAGAUGGUUCGGUGAAACGGAGGAUGCUUAGGGACGAGGGCUUGUCUUUGUGAUUUGUCAGACUCGUGUUUAAUUCCGAUGUUUAUCUUUAGUUUUCUUGUGUUAGCGUAUUUUGUUCAUGCCACCUGCCCGCCAUGUGCUCUGCUCUGCUCUGCCUCACGGCAGCUCCAUGGAUGAUGAAUCCUUCUGGAACAAGAGGAGGGAAUAAAAAGGUUGAGUUCUA